CAUCAGUCGGGGAAUCCCCACUACUGCACUGCAAAGCCACUUUCGAGAAGUCUGCGUGAUAUUAAUGGAGGAUCGGAGUCGGCCGUCGGUGAACUGUGCAAUGCAAUGACAGCGGGAAUACCAGUUUAGAUCUACCCAUUUUCUCCUGUGUAAAUUUGGAAUUAUUCUGCUGUAGUAACGAAUUUGUUUCAAACAUUUGAUGGCUGCAAGUCACCAUAUUACAAACACCUCAUCACCCAACAAGACGUUUCUAUCAGGGAUCCUUGUGGAAAUCGGAUGUGAUACACUCUCCCUCUUUUCUUUUUCAUCUCUCCAUAUUCAGAUUUAAAACCAAUAUAACUAACGUAUCUCAUUUAAGAUCUCAUUUUUAUCUUGUCAAUGUGCGAAGGGAUUAUUACACUAUCUUUUGAAUUUUCAUUUAUAUUUAGUAGAAAUAAGUUGUCAUAUCAUAUCAGAGACAUUGAUUUUUUUAAAAGCCAGUCCACCCCAAAAAAAUAAACAGAGGAAAACGUAGCUAAAGAAAAGGUAUUGCAAAAAAGUUGCCAAUUUGAUGAUAACAACCUAAUCCAACUCCAAUACUAAUUACUGUAUAAUGCAAUCAAGUCUGUCACGAGGCCACGCAUCUGGAAUCACUGUCGUUCUCUCUGGAAGGGGCUUCUUGAGCAGCUAUCCGACGAGGGACCUCACCAGGAGGCGAGAUCCUAAGGGAAGCCUAUCGGCUAAAAACACUCAUGAUGGGGGCCUUCUUAAUGCCCCGGUCAAACUACAGCUUCUAAAUCACAAGCAUGGGGGCUAUUCAAUCCGUAUUGUGCACAAUGAUGACAGACCAAGAUCUCAACCGAUCAUCAAUGAACAUUUAGAAGAAAUAUCUGUUCUCAAUCACACAGCACAGCAGUUUGAGUUUGUUUUGGGUAGAGACGGUAGCCGCCAUUUGAUGCUGUUUAACAACACAGGAGAAGGACAGCAAUUCCAAUUAAUACUUGGUGCCGUUAAUGCCCAAGGGCAGAUUAGAAUGACUAGUAAACGAGGAGCAGCUCCAAUGGCAGCUAGGUUUCCAGGUCUCCAGGGAGGAGGAGGAGGUGGAGGAGGAGGAGGAGCAACCAAGAAGAAAGUAACCAGCAAGGAGAAGGAGAGAGUUCCUACGGUCGCUCCUACUGAAAAUGGAGCAGACGACAUUGAUAUUCAUACCAUGGUAGAGCUUUUCAAAACGUCAAUAGAGGCCGGUGAUGUCAUGAAUUCUGAAAUAUGGGCUAAGAAUCUUGCCACCCUUCAACCCAAACUCAGCAUCUUGGUUGAAACUGCAGGAAAUACUGUACCGUCGAGCAGUGAUAUAUCGAUUCAAGUUCAAGUUGAAGAUCGAGAUUCAUCAAAAUUGAAGUUAAGAAUGUCUGUGCCAUCGAAUAUAACAAUUGCUGGUCUAAAGAAAAGGACUUGUCUGACUUACGAUCUUCCAACGCAAGUUCAGAACUGGCUUAUUGGUGGUCGCAUAGCAAAAGAUACCGAGACUCUUUCAGCCAAUGGAAUCACGUCGUCUGGCGCAACCCUUUACCUUUAUUUGACCUCAGCUGCUAAGGUCAAUAUUACGAAGGAAUCCCUGGAGAUUGAGAAGCAUGCCUUCUCUGAGGAUAGAAGGAAGCACCAGAGAUAUCGGCCAGACCAAAACCUCCAAACCAUGCGAAGAACCAGCAGUGGCAGCACAGAAGACCGUAGUACCUUGCGAUCCUCACUUAGCAGGGCAAGAUUGUCUCCCCCACCGGUUGUUGAAUCUGCUUCGUUACAAAGACGUGUACCACCUUCACAUGAUAGUUUCAUGGAUAGGGGGUCGACCUCAGGAUCAAGAACUUCAUUAGCUGAAAGGCAUGAAGUGAAGAAGGAACCAACUGCCAUGGAGGUUGGAUGGGUGUGUCCGAGGUGCACCCUUGUGAACCCCCCUCUAAUCCCAGGGUGCCAGGCUUGCUCCACUGAUCGUCCUGAAAAUUACAAGGUACCUGCCAAAGGGACCUACAUCAUGGACCCCUCAGAGAGCAGCUUUCAGAAAGCCUUAGAAGCGAACGAACAAGCUCUUUUGGAGAUGGAGCAAGAGCGGGUAAUCCAGAACUAUCAAGAUCUCUUGAGGAUCGACGAGCAGGACCUGGUCCCAAACCAAGAAGAAUUUGAAUGUCCUAUAUGCCUAGUGGAUUAUGAUCCUGGGGAAGGUGUAAUGCUCAGAGAAUGUCUUCAUUCAUUUUGCAGGGAAUGUAUCAUCCAGCAUAUCAAGCAGUCAACAGAUGCCUUGGUGAUGUGUCCAGGUAUGGAGGAUGAUAUACCAUGCACACAGCAUGUUCUGGAAAGGGAAAUUAAAGCACUUUUGAGUGAAGAAGACUUCCAGAAGUACCUAGAACGUGGUCUUCGCCGGGCGGAGUCCAGUGCAUCCAACAGCUUCCAUUGCAAAACUACCGACUGCAGGGGCUUCUGUUUCUAUGACGAUGAUCUUAACUUCUUUGACUGUCCUCUCUGUAGGAAAAUAAACUGUUUGACGUGUAAAGCCAUUCAUGAAGGUAUCAACUGUAAGCAAUACCAAGAGGAUCUCAUACGGGCGCAGAAUGAUGUGACAGCAAGACAGACGCAACAAGCUCUGGAGGAAUUGGUUCAGAGUGGAGAAGCUAUGAAGUGCCCAUUUUGUAGUAUCAUCGUUCAGAAGAAGGGAGGCUGUGAUUGGCUACGGUGUUCAGUCUGUCAGACGGAGAUCUGCUGGGUGACUAAACAAGCAAGAUGGGGACCAGCUGGUUCUGGAGACAUAAGUGGGGGAUGUCGUUGCCGCGUCAACGGGCAGAAGUGUCAUCCCGAAUGUCACAACUGUCACUGACAUCAUAAUCAACGAUCAGAGCAACGAUUGAUGGACAUUCCGUUAAAAUUAUUAUCAGCUUACAUAUUGAUAUGUACAGUAUAACAAAAAUUUGUUAUUUUUUUAAUUUGCCAGGCUCUAAACACUAGAAUGAUGCAAGCAAUAAUACCAACAUGAAGUGUGUUUUAUUACGGACACAUAUUGAAUCCAGGUACAACUAAAUUGUAUAAAUUUUUUUGUGUAAGCAGAUUGGUGUUAUCAUUAGCUGCAAUUUCUUCAAAAUGAUUAAUUGUUAAGUUGAUUUUAUCUCUUAUAAUCUAGACCCAUUUUUUAUCAUCAGAAAGAUCAUUUUGUUUAAGCUAUGCCUUUCAUUACACCAGAUACACGUCCAUGUUCAUUCAUAUAUGUAGAAUAAAAUUUAGCUGCACAAUACGAUAGUGAUAUUGAAAUAGCAUGAUAUUCAGAAGCCAUUGAAUAGAUUAUUCUGGGUCCAGGUAUAUCAAAAUAUUUUGAACAUUUGAAUUUCAGACAAGAAAUUUGCCUUGCCAAAAUGCUAAAAAUCAUUGGCAUUUUCCCCCUUAUUUCAAUUCAACUCACCUGGGUCAAAGGGAAAGGGUCAUAAAUAAGGUUAUACCUAACCAAUGUUUUAUUCUCCCUUCUCCAUUCUGUUACUCUUAGCUAAAAAAGUGGUAUGUGAACAUUACUUGACAUUUAUUCAUGUCAGACGUUAUAUCCCUGUAUCCUGAAUAUUAUAACUGGUGAUUAUUGUAUACACAAAUAUGUAAUAUCAUGCAACCCUAGAAUUAAGUAAUAUAUUUUUGUAAUGUGCAAUUUAUCACUCAAGGUACUACAUCAACAAAACAAAAACAUAGGGACAUGAUCAUAUUAUAUAUAAGGUAACAGCUAAAGAUAAAAUUUAGAUUUCUUAUGUUCCUGUAUGAAAAUAAAGUACGUCUUGAUUGGAAAACAUUACGCAAGGCGUUAAUCCACACUUUGCCACUCUCCACCCAGGUGUUAAAUGGGUACCCGGUAGGAUGUGAAAGCCUAU